AUGGGCGCCAAUGAGACCAUAGCAGCCUUCUUGCGGGGCUGCACGCUGGAGGAGCGUGAGCGCAUUGGCUACGAGGCCCACAGCACUGCCCUGUACCUGGGCGAAGAGGUCGUGACCGUGCAGUCUGCUGAGGAGGAGGCUGUGCUGGCGGCGGCGCCGCUGCGCGACCUGGCGGCUCUCAACGGCAUCAACAUCGGCGCGGGCGGGCGCCCGGUGCACCCGACGCUGUUGAUGGUCGAUGCUCACCGCGGCUUUGGCAGCGAGGGGGCGGCGCUGCCAUCAGCUCAGAAGGCUCCUCUGUCUACCAUCAUGGCAUGGGCGGAUGACCUGCCGUUCAAGCAGGGCAGUCUGGAUUACGCCAUCAGCCUUCACAACCUGGAGCACUUGCCUGACCCUGUGGGUAUGCUUCAGCCCCAGCUGCAGUUCUGCCACGACAUGCAGUCAUGA